AUCCUAUUUAUAACUGUUUUGUUCCAUAAAACCCAAACUAUUUCUGAAUAUUCCAUUAGGUCCAUUAAUUGUUAAAGGACGAAAUAACCCUCUCCGCCUCUCCCGCGUGAAACCGAUUCUGCAAAAACCCAUUCCUAUUCGAAAUAUUCAAUCCACAAAAUUUCCAAAACAAAAACUCAAUCCACGAAACGAUACUGAUAUUGCCUCCAGUAACCCUAGAUUCACAUCGCCCCACCAACGUCCUCGUCGUUCACCGUCGACCAUCGACCCCAGAUUCCUCUUCGUCUCACCACUGCGAAGCUUCACAUUGGAAGGAGGGUGCUUCGUCGUUCAAAGAUUCUUGUCGCCCCAUUGAGUUUAUUUUAUCCACUGAGUGUGAUCCAUACCCACCAACCAUGACGAACAAAAGUCUUCCCCAUAAAGUUGAUGGCAAGCGAAAGCGAGGGGAAUCCCGUUCCAAAACCAAGCCUGAUCAAACAGCUGUUCCUGAAGAAGUGAACAUGAAAAAAGUAAACUACCGGUCAAAUAUAACUGGAUUGGUCAAACUGUUAAAGGAUACAAAAUUUACAAGUGGCCAAUUGAAGUGCCUUAGAAAAACACCGUUCUGGCCAUUAUUUGAUAGCUUGAUCAGUAACGAAAUCGACCUCAACCACUGCAUGAAAUAUGAUGAUGUCAUUGUACGUAUAGUACAAACAUUCAAGCAAUCUAGUGGAAGGUUUUACAUUGGGGAUAAGAACAUCCAGAUUUUUAGAAGCGACGUAUCACUGAUUUUUGGGGUGGACUGCGGCACCAAGUCGAUGGACCUCUCUUAUGGUGCAAAACCAACAAUCGGCAUCAUACACCGAAUGUGCAAGGAUGUUAGUCGGUUAAGUGCUGCCAAAAUACGAGAAAUUCUGAGGGAAGUAUUGAAGGGCACAAAAAAACAUGACGAUGAGGAGGUCGCAAGAUUAGUUUGCAUCUUUGGUAUGGAAGUUGACAACAUUGAUGAAAACAUUCGCAUUACUGUUUCAGUAUAUGGCGGCAAGCUAAUGGCAUCACCAACUGAAGCGAAGAUGUAUCGUCAUACAAAAUUGAAUGUGGAGCCAAAACCUGAGAUUUUGUCAAGUGCAGUAGAAAAAAAAUAUAAAAGCAAUGAGGAUCAAAGCAAAGACAGUCAACGCAGUGAUGACAGGGAUGCAUUUUCUGUCGAUGCAGUGGACCUGAAUGAUGUUGGACAUUAUAUCAACCCCAGCUGUAGCACCCCCAAUGCUGAGAAAGGAAUCAUCAUAGCACAACCAACUGAGCCCGACAUUGUGGAAGUACUCAUGAAAGAAAACCAAAAAGCUUGGGCUCUUGUACGGCAAUGGGAAGCGAAAUACAAACAGUUGGAAGAAUCAUGGGAGUUGAGGGCAAGGGUGAUUGCUGCCCUUGAAGCCAAACUAUUUGACCAAUCGGGCUCAUCCAAUGUAGACAUGGACAUGAAGACUUACAUGGAGUGGAAAGAUACAGAAAUUCAGCGGCUGACAAAGUUGGUCAUCAACUUGGAAUGUGAAAAAACAAUACUUCAAGACCUUUUUGAUGAUCAGUCCGUACACAUCAUCACUCAAGUUGAAGCACAAAAGGCUCAUGACAGCCUUAACAACAAUCCCACUGCAGCAUUGGAACACAUUAUCAGCCCCCCAUCAAGGGUAAAGCGCAUAAAGCAGAAGGUAAGGAAAGAACACAGGUUGGACGAGUUUGAAUACCCCAACCUGCCUGGUCAGAAGAAAGGGAAAGAAGGAGCCGAACAGCAAUCACAUGCAGUCCAAAUUGCACAAGAUUUAGACAAGCAACCACCAAAAAAGCAGCCAACAAAGUCCAAGAAGUUAUCCUUGAACAACAAACUAAAGGUCUGGGCUAACAUGAACAAACUCAACAAGCAAAAAGUCCAAAAUUUGCACAAGAACGGCGGUGAUGAGUUGCUAGUGUGGCGAGGGGACUCAAAGACUAAACAUGUGUAUUUUGAUGACAUCAUACACCUCAUCAAGGAAGAAUCAAUAACCAACAACGUAUGGCAACUGUAAAUGUGUACAAAACACACACACACACACACACACA